CAACACACCAGUGGAGGAGCGGCCGUAGUGAGCAGCGGAAGUGUGGGUUAACCAUUUUCUGUAACUAUCAAGAGUACAGUACCUCACAUACUGGUGUGUGCUGGUGUUUAUGAUGCAGCUACCCAGUCACCAAACAACAGAUAACAAGACUGACACUACUGGAGAUGCAUCUCAACCUCCCAGACCUAAGGGAAAAUUGGCACGUCCAAAACCAUGUUAUCUAUGGACAACAGCUGAUGUCCAGAAGUGGUUCAAGCGACACUGUAGCGAAUAUUUCCAGUUGUACUCACACCUGCUCAUUUUGCACGACAUAACAGGCAAGUCUCUGGUGCGUAUGAGUGAGGGAACGCUCAUCAGGAUGGGCAUCAAACACCCAGAACACCUCGAGGCCAUAUGGCGGGAGAUCCUCAAACUCCGCCUCAAAGCUGAUAUCCAGGAGAUGAAGGAAAUUGAAAUGAGUGCCAUCUUUUCAUAAACAGACAUAAAAUGACGGAAAAAUUAAAAUUAAACACAUUGGAUUAAUUAAAAAGAUGUUUGAGAAUAUCCCAGGUAAUAUAGGAAAUUAAAUUGGUGGGAUAGAUUUACAGUACUGAAUGUUAAAAAUAUCUCAGCAUUGGUUCUUUAAGAAUUUAUGGUUGGUUAGUCAUCAAAUUGUUUGAAUGUGGAGAUGUGAUGAAGAUUGAUACAGUACCUCAGAUUAUGUGGGAACAUUCAAGUUGAAAAAUUAAUAGUUACAGUUAACCCUCACUUUACGCGGUCCCACAUUCCGCGUUUCCGCGGUGCCCUGCCGGAACCCAGGAUGCUCACAUUCCGCGGUGCGUGUACCCCUUUACGCGGAGAGCGGCUGGCGAGCCG